UCCCUUCUCUGUCUCUCUAAUUUCUUUCACUUCUUUGUUUUUUAUUUUAUUUUCAUUCUCUCUUCACAGAUAUAUGGAGGAAGCAUUUAGGCGAAUCAACGGCCAAACCCACAGCUCCGAACCGGACAUAAUCUCCGAUCAACAGCAAAAGAAAUGCAUCAAUAACACAGCAAUGAAUAACAACAAACGCCCGCUGCAGCGAGAAUCAUCUACCGGUGGUGGUGGCUCAGCCGCCGGCGGUGGAGGAGGCACUAUGAGAUAUCGGGGAGUUCGGCGGAGGCCGUGGGGGCGUUAUGCAGCUGAGAUCAGAGACCCGCAGUCGAAAGAAAGGCGGUGGUUGGGAACAUUCGACACGGCGGAGGAAGCGGCAUGUGCUUACGACUACGCUGCGCGUUCCAUGCGUGGCCUCAAAGCCAGGACCAACUUCGUUUACCCUCCUUCACCCCCACCGUCUUCAGCUGCUGCUGCAGCACCACCUGACCAUCAGCAUCAUCACUAUCACCAUCACCAUCCUCUUCCUCAAGCUUUCAGCUUCCCUAAACAGUCACAACCGAAGAAUCAGACCUCCCGUUCCUUUAAUCCUGGUUCGAAAUCGUCGUUUUCGUCACACCACCCUCAAGCUGUUUGUGAUAACUCUUCUUCUUCUUCUUCAAUCAACAUGCUCUUUCUUCGUGAUUUCGUUAGUCCUUCGAACCCAUGUUUGGUAUCUCCUCAGGCGUUUUAUAAUCAGUUUCCACAUUUCAACGGCUCCUCUUCGUCGUCGUCGUCGUCGUCGUCUUUGUAUUCUACAAAUCCUCCUAAUUCUGUCUCUGCUUGUUGUUUGGGAAAUCCCACCACUUGUAUGAAUAUGCCAUCAUCACUAGUUGAUCAUUCUUCUUCUUCUUACGACAAGACAAUCACUAGUGCUAGUGCUACAGCUGGUGGUGCUGCUGAUGAGUUUGAGUUUGAUUUCUUUCCUAAAGAAUCUUCCGAUUCGGGUCUGUUAGAAGAGGUCAUUCACCGCUUCUUUCCGAAACCCUCGUCUAAGAAAUGCGGUACUCAGAAAGCCAAAGCCAAAGACAACGACAAAGAGUCUCUUCCUGUUAGUUGCUCCUCCGGCAUGUCUGCAACUACUCAAUGCUCUUCCUAUGAUAGCAGCAUGAGGAUGAUGACGGGGAUAAAGAAUGAUCAUAUGGCGGCUGGACACUACCACUGUUUUGACAACAACAUCAACAACCAUGGAGUACUUCAACCGCUUGGAUAUGGAUAUGGAAAUGGAAAUUUUAAUGGUGCUUUGGACGUCUCACAUGGAAUUCCAUUCAAUAGCAGCGAGGUUCCCAUGAGUCUUCAGCUGGGUCAGGAUUCAGUAGUCUUGGAUGAAAUUUUCCAGUAUCCGGAGUUUAUAAAUGCCUUUGUGGCAAGGAUGCAGAAUGCUUGA